AUGGCUUCUUCUUCACUUUGGGCUUGUCUUUGUCUGUCUUUACUCUCUCUGGCUUCGAGCUCGUUCGCAGCUACUGUAACUAAAACCCUCGACAUCGUCAACCGCAACGUCUCUCUCGAUGGAUACAUGCGGCCGGCGGUCUUGGCCAAUGGCAUAUUCCCUGGACCGGUCAUCUCUGGCAAUAAGGGAGACAAUUUCCACAUCACCGUCAAGAACUCUCUCCAUGAUGAGUCUAUGGAUGCAUUGACGACGAUCCACUGGCACGGUAUUGACCAGAAGCAUACCGCGUGGGCCGACGGCGUAGCUAGCGUCACCCAAUGCCCAAUCGUACCAGGUGGCGCUUUCGAGUACAAGUUCAAGGUCGACGGUCAGGCGGGAACGUAUUGGUGGCACUCACAUUACUCGGAACAAUACUGCGACGGAGAACGUGGCGUGCUUGUGGUCCGCGACCCGCAAGAUCCCCACCGUUACCUCUAUGACGUGGAUGAUGAUGAUACAAUCAUCACCUUGGCGGACUGGUAUCAUUACACAAGCCACGAGACUGCCCCGAACUAUACCCCGACGCCUUCAUCAACACUCAUCAACGGGAAGGCACGGUACUGGGGCGGACCUAACCUUGAUCUCGCGGUUGUGAAUGUUAAGAAGGGUCUCCGCUACCGCAUGCGCCUCGUCUCCACAGCAUGUGAUCCCAGCUACCUCUUUUCAAUUGAUCAGCAUACGCUGAAGAUUAUCGAAGCGGAUGGUACCAACGUUAAGCCCGUCGACGUGUCUCAGCUGCAGAUCUUUGCCGGUCAACGAUACUCCUUCGUUCUUCACGCGGACCAGAAGGUUGAUAACUAUUGGAUCCGCGCCCUUCCCGAUGUCGGCGCCAAUCUGACCGCGGACGGUGGGCUUAACUCGGCAAUCCUGCGUUACAAAGGCGCAAAGCAAGCCGAGCCCGGCUCGAAGGACUCGUCGUUUGAGCACCUUCUACUGGAAACCGAGUUGCGCCCCCUCGUGGCCGCGCCUCCUCCUCCCGCUGACGAGACCAUCACGCUCAACGUGGCUUGGAAUGGCUCCGUGUUCCUGGUCAACAACCAGACGUGGGUCAGUCCCGAGGUGCCGGUGCUGUUGCAGAUGAUGUCUGGCGCGAAGAAGGCGUCCGACCUCUUGCCUCUCAGCAGCGUGUAUAGCCUCAAGCGGAACAAAGUGUACGACAUCCUUAUUCCAGGUGUCGCCUUCUUUGGAAUUCAGCACCCAAUCCAUCUGCAUGGCCAUUCGUUCUGGGUCAUCACCAGUGCUGACUCCAACAAUGUCGAGAACAACAAUGAUCCUAUUGUUCGUGACGUUGUCGCUAUGGGACUUGAGGACGGCGACGACAUUCGUAUACGCUUCCGGACGAACAAUCCUGGGCCUUGGUUCCUACACUGCCAUAUCGAUCAGCAUCUGGAGGCUGGGCUCGCUGUUGUCUUUGCAGAGGAUGCCGAUGACAAUGCUCAGGCAAUGUCUACGUCCGGUCAAUGGGAUACCCUCUGCCCGGCGUAUGAAGCCUUUCUUCAGAAAUCUCUAGCGUCACCCGGGAUAUCCUCUCAUCAUAGCCACGGUCAUGGUCACGCAUGGGGCUCUGGCCACGCUGUGAGCUUCGGGCAUUCAUCGCAUUCCGGGCACUCUUCUAGCUCUCACAAGAGUUCCUGCACGGGCAAGGCCUGCCGCCGCCAUGCCCAGCAACGCAGGCUACUCUCCGAGUCUCACUCUUCGCGCUUCAUCUCGGGUUCUCUGUCAUCCUAA